ACAGUUUUUAAGAUUUUUUUGUAGCAAUGGGUUGAUUUAUAUCUGUUCAAUUUUUUAAUUAGAAUUUAAAAGACAUGGUCCAGUUAAUGUAUAUUGUUGCCAGUUUACAUGUUUUGUUAUGUCCAUUUACAAAAGUGGAAGAAAGUUUUAAUAUACAAGCUUUUCACGAUAUAUUGUAUCAUAGACAUAACCUAUCACAGUAUGAUCAUAAUGAGUUUCCCGGAGUGGUGCCGCGUACUUUCGUUGGACCUGUCGUAAUUUCAGUGUUAUCUGCACCUAUUGCUGGUAUUUUACAUAUCACUGGGUUAAACAAAUUUUGGGUGCAAUAUGCAGUCCGUCUCACACUGGCUCUGACAGUUAUAGCAACAUGGAGUCGAUUCCGAAAUGCUCUACAGAAGCAGUUUGGAAACACAUAUACAUGGUGGUUUACUGUAAUCACUGUAACUCAGUACCACUUUAUGUUUUAUAUGAGCCGUCCAUUACCUAAUAUAAUGGUAUUGCCCCUUGUACUAUUGGCAUUUGAAGGAUGGCUAUUAGGUAAACAAAAACAGUUUCUAAUAUCAGCUGGUGCCUCAAUUAUCUUGUUUCGAUCGGAAUUGGCUAUGUUAUUUGGUUUAUUUCUCAUCAUCGACUUGUACUUUAAAAAGAUUGAUAUAAAGAUGUUAUUCAAGAUAGUUAUUCUAGCUGGUAUAGGAUUGGUAGCACUGACAGUGACAGUGGACUCCAUAUUUUGGGGACGUCUUUUAUGGCCAGAGGCAGAAGUGUUCUGGUACAAUACUGUCAUGAACAAGAGUUCUGAUUGGGGUACAUCUCCGUUUCUUUGGUACUUCUACUCAGCUCUGCCUCGCGGUCUGGGACCGAGCCUUGUUUUGAUUCCCGUCGGUUUAUACUUGGAAAGACGUUUAGUGCCCUUAAUAGCUCCAGCGUUUGUCUACAUAUUAUUGUAUUCAUUCUUGCCACAUAAGGAGCUUAGAUUCAUAAUAUAUGUUUUUCCUUUACUUAAUAUGGCAUCCGCUGCAGCUUGUUCAUAUGUCUACGUGAGACGAACGAAGGCGCCCAUUUAUGAGUUACUCUUUUGGGGAUCGAUGGUCAUCAUAGUUGGCAAUGUGCUAAUGACGCUCGCACUUACUUUGGUUGCUAUGUCUAAUUAUCCUGGUGGCGUGGCGAUAACCAGAUUUCACAAAAUUAUGAAAAAUGAACCGUUUGUUCAUUUACAUAUCAGCAACUUAGCUGCUCAAACUGGUGUUACACGAUUCACUCAGCUUAAUGAUAACUGGAUUUACAGCAAAAACGAAUCAUUGCAACCUUAUGAGUUGCAGGGUUACACUCAUCUUCUUGUGGAAGCCAAAAGUAAAUAUUCGUCGAACCUUAAGGCUUUCGCGCAUACACAUGUCAUAUUAGAUAGCAUUGAAACAUUUUCUCAGGUAGCUAUGAAUUACAAAUUAAUUCCUCCUGUGAAAAUUAAAACAAAACCAGCGUUGUUUAUACUUGAGAGAAAAGACUUCCGUGAGUAUCCUCAAGGGCACAAAAUUGAGAAAAUCGAAUAUAUUUCAGAUAAAGAAAAAGACAGUGAAUCAAAUCAAAUCUCAGAAGAAGAAAUAGAUAAUUUUGAAAAAUUAGACAUAGAAAACGAAGUGUAUGAGAAAGAUAAUUCUUUAGAUAUUCAAGAUGUAUCAGGGAAAGAUGAUAAUGAAAAAAGUAAUAAAGACCCAAUAACGGAAACAAUAGUCGAACAGAAUAUUGCUAUUGUUCAAGAAAACUCGAUUUUAGAGGAAGAAGAUAUUGAAGGUGAAAUUGAGGCAAAAGUUCCCAAAGCGAAAAAAGCAUUAGAUGAAUUAAGAACAUUGAGGCAAGAGAGAAAAAAGAAAGCUAUUGCGAAAAUUAAAUCUGAAACACGCAAAGAAGUUGUAGCGUCAGCUAAAGAAAAACUGAGAGAUAUAAUGAAACGACAUAAACAUAUAGCUAAUGAACUAUCUGGAAGUAUUGUAUCCGACAAAGAGGAUGUUGUAGAAGAAGACGGUAGAGGUGAUAUUCCUGAAUCAAAUAUCGAAAUGGAAGUAGAAAACCCGCCAACAAUAGUGGAAGGCACUGAAAAUAAUGAGACAGAAGUACAAAAUCAAGACAUAUUUGAAGAUAUCAUUCACUCAGGUGAUACAGCCCAAACAAAUGCAAACAUUGACACUAUUGUUGAAGAAGUCAUAGUUAGAUUAAUAGAUAGAAAAAUUUAUGAUGAUAAAACAAAACCUGAGGACAUAAAAGCCGAAGAUAGGCUGAUCAUUCAAAAAAUUGUAGAAGAAGUCCUUUCAGAAAGAAUGAAUUACUCUAAUAUAGAUAAUAAAUAAUUUUAUAUGUGACAACAUAUAUUUAGAUAAUACAUCAUCCAUGUGCCAAUUUGUUGUUGUUGCUAGUAUAAUUGUGCCUUUGAACCUAAAUUUUAAACAUAUUUAUAAUGUAUAAAUUUAAUGCAGUGUGCAUUGAAUUUUUACAUUAAUAAAAUUCAUUACACAGUCAUAAUAGUUAUAUGUUAGUAAAUUAAUUUUGUGAUAAAUUGGAACCUGCAAUUCAAAGUGGAUUAAUUGUUGCAUUUUUUCACAUUAUGCACUUAUUUGAUGGUUGUUAUUAAGUAUAUUUUUAAGCCAACUUUAAUAUCUUUAAGGGAAUUUGUUGUGGCAUUUUAGAGGACGACUAUUCUUUCUAUGCGAACACAAUACUUUACUGAGGAAAUUUAUGAACUCAAGGUUCACCUAAAAUGUGUCUUGAUGUAUAAUAUAUAAAGUUCAUAUUUUAUCACCUCAAUCACACGGAAAAGUAAGUCGAAAUUUUGCCACUGGCUAGUGGCAGAUUACAUACUACCGAACUUUUACUUAAAAUUUUACGAUUUAAGAAUAAUUUUUGUAAUUUUUUAUACUUAUUGUAUCAAUGUACGUGCUGCUUUGCGGACAUUUGAGUAUGUUUUUUCUUAGUGAUUAAUUCUAUUUAUCUAGUUCCUUUAUACUACACCAAUGAAUAAAACAUAUCUUUUUAAAUUUUGUCGCAAACUAUUAUGUUUAGUAGAAUUGAAUCGUUUUUUAACAAUUUAUUAUAAAUUGAGUUCUACCACUCUGUUAAAAAAAUGAGCAAAUGUAAUGGUAUACACAAUAAGCUCACGGUUGUGAACAUAUUUUGUUCUCGUUAUUAAACUACUAACAACAAAUGGUAAUAUGUAAUUUCCCUUACCUUAUUACCACACGAAACAGCAAUGCAUGUGUUGUAUUUCAAUUUGAUGGGUAAAGUAGCUGAAAGGUAGCAAGAUUUAGAUCUUAGUCCAGAUGUGAUAAAUGCGAUAAAACAAAUGAAUACAGUUUAAAAUCUUACAUUUAUGUUUUCGAUUUACAAAUGUGUGAUUAUUAUACCAUCUCAUUAAUUAAAUAAUUAUAAUUUCACUGUAAUACAGUGAUAGUAAAUUAAAAUUUUAAUUUUUCGUCGUCAGAGAUGGGAUGCGUCAAAAUCUUACCUAGCGGCGUCAUGUAGGCUAAGGUCCUAGCUUUAGAGACUAGUGCUUCAGAAUCGACCACAAUAUAAUCUGUGUGUGACGAAUUCAAUGUCGUGAUCAGCCAUUCUCACUUUUGCCCUUCAGCUACAUAGUCACUACUGCUACGGUCGCAGUAAUCUAGGUAACAUAUAUUAAACGACAAUAAACCGCAGCAUUUGAAAUUAAGUAUUUAUUUAAAAAGUAAUGUGUUUUCAUUAUAAAAUCCCGUAAAAGUAUCUAGCUGCCCAAUUUUCUAAAUAAAAUACUACUAUUAGUCUAAAAUACUGAACUAGACUCCAGUCCGCUUAGAAACAACUAAGUAUAAUUGGUCUAAAAGUUAUCUCUUUUUUUUUGGUUAGUCAUACGUUUUACCACACUAAAAAAAAAAAAAUAAAA